UUCUUCAUACAGCUAGUGAACAUGUUGGUUGGUAGCCUACGCAGCAAUUAGCCAUCAUCACAGAACUGAUCUCCUGAAACUGAAGAUGAGUGCUGAUCAGAAAUCAGAAAGCCGUGGCAGUUUUUAUGAACUCGACCAUCGGAUUUUGACUGAAAUGGAGAAGAAGAGGGAUGAAAAGAGAAGAGCAGAGGAGAGGAAGAUGAAGGUGCAGAAGCAGAGAGAGACUCUCAGAUCAGCAGCAGGUGGAGUUUCACACAUCUCAGACAUGAGGAUCGUGCUGCUGGGAUACAGAAAUGCUGGGAAGAGUUCAUCAGGAAACACCAUCCUGGGCAGAAAGGAGUUUGGUGCCUCUGGAAGAACAGCUGAGUGUGUGAAGAGAGAAGGAGAAACAGCAGGGAGACACAUCACUGUAGUGGAGGCACCAGGAUGGUACUAUAACGACACAGUAUACACAACUCCUGAACGUGAUAAACGAGAGAUUGUCCUCAGUGUGUCUCUGUGUCCUUUAGGACCCCAUGCUCUACUCCUGCUCUUUUAUGUGGGUGUGUCAUUCACAGAGACACACAGAAGAGCAGUGCAGCAACACAUGGAGCUGCUGGGUGAGAGAGUCUGGAGUCACACUAUACUGCUGUUCGCCGGAGGGGACGUGCUGGGAGGCUCAAGUAUUGAGCAGCAUAUUGAGAGAGGAGGAGAGGCUCUGAAGUGGGUUGUAGAGAAAUGUGGGAACAGGUAUCAUGUUGUAAACAAUAUGAAGAGUGAUGGUGUCCAGGUGACAGAGCUGCUGGAGAAGAUAGAGGAGAUGGUGGCAGGAAAUAGAGGCCAUCAGUUUGAGUUUGAUGCAGAAAGAUGUAAAGCACUGCAAGAGAAGAAGAGGGAAGAAGAGAGAAGAGCAGAGGAGAGGAAGAUGAAGGUGCAGAAGCAGAGAGAGACUCUCAGAUCAGCAGCAGGUGGAGUUCCACACAUCUCAGACAUGAGGAUCGUGCUGCUGGGAAUCAGAGGUGAUGGGAAGAGUUCAUCAGGAAACACCAUCCUGGGCAGAAAGGAGUUUGGUGUCUCAGGAAGAACAGCUGAGUGUGUGAAGAGAGAAGGAGAAACAGCAGGGAGACACAUCACUGUAGUGGACGCACCAGGAUGGUUUUAUAGCUCCACUGUAGAGCAAAUUCCUGAACGUCAUAAGCGACAGAUUGUCCUCAGUGUGUCUCUGUGUCCUCCAGGACCCCAUGCUCUACUCCUGCUCAUUAGAGUGACCGUGUCAUUCACAGAGACACACAGAAGAGCAGUGCAGCAACACAUGGAGCUGCUGGGUGAGAGAGUCUGGAGUCACACUAUAGUGCUGUUCACCAAAGGGGACCAGCUGGGAGACACAAGUAUUGAGCAGCACAUUGAGAGUGAAGGAGAGGGUCUGCAGUGGGUUGUAGAGAAAUGUGGGAACAGGUAUCAUGUUGUAGACAAUAUGAAGAGUGAUGGUGUCCAGGUGACAGAGCUGCUGGAGAAGAUAGAGGAGAUGGUGGCAGGAAAUAGAGGCCAUCAGUUUGACUUUGAUGCAGAAAUCUGUAAAGCACUGCAAGAGAAGAAGAGGGAAGAAGAGAGAAGAGGAGAGGAGAGGAAGAUGAAGGUGCAGAAGCAGAGAGAGACUCUCAGAUCAGCAGCAGGUGGAGUUCCACACAUCUCAGACAUGAGGAUCGUGCUGCUGGGAAUCAGAGGUGAUGGGAAGAGUUCAUCAGGAAACACCAUCCUGGGCAGAAAGGAGUUUGGUGUCUCAGGAAGAACAGCUGAGUGUGUGAAGAAAGAAGGAGAAACAGCAGGGAGACACAUCACUGUAGUGGACGCACCAGGAUGGUUUUAUAGCACUGUAGAGCAAAUUCCUGAACGUCAUAAGCGACAGAUUGUCCUCAGUGUGUCUCUGUGUCCUCCAGGACCCCAUGCUCUACUCCUGCUCAUUAGAGUGACCGUGUCAUUCACAGAGACACACAGAAGAGCAGUGCAGCAACACAUGGAGCUGCUGGGUGAGAGAGUCUGUAGUCACACUAUAGUGCUGUUCACCAGUGGGGACCAGCUGGGAGACACAAGUAUUGAGCAGCACAUUGAGAGUGAAGGAGAGGCUUUGCAGUGGGUUGUAGAGAAAUGUGGGAACAGGUAUCAUGUUGUAGACAAUAUGAAGAGUGAUGGUGUCCAGGUGACAGAGCUGCUGGAGAAGAUAGAGGAGAUGGUGGCAGGAAAUAGAGGCCAUCAGUUUGACUUUGAUGCAGAAAUCUGUAAAGCACUGCAAGAGAAGAAGAGGGAAGAAGAGAGAAGAGCAGAGGAGAGGAAGAUGAAGGUGCAGAAGCAGAGAGAGACUCUCAGAUCAGCAGCAGGUGGAGUUCCACACAUCUCAGACAUGAGGAUCGUGCUGCUGGGAAUCAGAGGUGAUGGGAAGAGUUCAUCAGGAAACACCAUCCUGGGCAGAAAGGAGUUUGGUGCCUCAGGAAGAACAGCUGAGUGUGUGAAGAGAGAAGGAGAAACAGCAGGGAGACACAUCACUGUAGUGGACGCACCAGGAUGGUGGCUGAACUACACUGCAGAGCAAACUCCUGAACGUGAUAAACGAGAGAUUGUCCUCAGUGUGUCUCUGUGUCCUCCAGGACCUCAUGCUCUACUCCUGAUCAUUACAGUGGAUGUGUCAUUCACAGAGACACACAGAAGAGGAGUGCAGCAACACAUGGAGCUGCUUGGUGAGAGAGUCUGGAGUCACACUAUAGUGCUGUUCACCAGUGGGGACUUGCUGGGAGACACAAGUAUUGAGCAGCACAUUGAGAGUGAAGGAGAGGGUCUGCAGUGGGUUGUAGAGAAAUGUGGGAACAGGUAUCAUGUUGUAGACAAUAUGAAGAGUGAUGGUGUCCAGAUGACAGAGCUGCUGGAGAAGAUAGAGGAGAUGGUGGCAGGAAAUAGAGGCCAUCAGUUUGACUUUGAUGCAGAAAGAUGUAAAGCACUGCAAGAGAAGAAGAGGGAAGAAGAGAGAAGAGCAGAGGAGAGGAAGAUGAAGGUGCAGAAGCAGAGAGAGACUCUCAGAUCAGCAGCAGGUGGAGUUUCACACAUCUCAGACAUGAGGAUCGUGCUGCUGGGAUACGGAGGUGCUGGGAAGAGUUCAUCAGGAAACGCCAUCCUGGGCAGAAAGGAGUUUGGUGCCUCAGGAAGAACAGCUGAGUGUGUGAAGAGAGAAGGAGAAACAGCAGGGAGACACAUCACUGUAGUUGAGGCACCAGGAUGGUGGACAACAGUAGAGAGCACUCCUGAACAUGAUAAACGAGAGACUUUCCUCAGUGUGUCUCUGUGUCCUCCAGGACCCCAUGCUCUACUGCUGGUGAUUAAUGUGGAUGUGUCAUUACCAGAACUAUGGAGAAGAGGAGUGCAGCAACACAUGGAGCUGCUGGGUGAGAGAGUCUGGAGUCACACUAUAGUGCUGUUCACCAGAGGGGACAGGCUGGGAGACACAACCAUUGAGCAGCACAUUGAGAGUGAAGGAGAGGCUCUGCAGUGGGUUGUAGAGAAAUGUGGGAACAGAUAUCAUGUUGUAGACAAUAUGAAGAGUAACGGUGGUCAGGUGUCAGAGCUGCUGGAGAAGAUAGAGGAGAUGGUGAUGAGAAACAGUGGAGAAUGUAGUAGGAACUACCCUCCUAAUUUUAAUGAAGUCCUACCUGAUGACUGCUCAGCAGGUGAUUCUGCAUAUGGCUCCACUAAACCAACAGCUGAACCUGAGCUCAUGAAGACCUUUAAGCAGCUCAGCACUGCUGCCUCUACUCAGAGCUCUGGGAUUGGCUCAGCUGACACAGGGGAGAGGAGUGGAUCUGGUGAGACAGGGGAGAGGAGUGGAUCUGCUGAGAAGCCUUCACCCAUCAUCCCACCAAUCAGAGUAAACACAAAUGGGGCUACAGCAGGACAACGGAAGACACCGUCUAGACCAACACAUGGAAAAACACUGACUGCUAAGAGCAAAGGCUACCCAGUGACAAAUCCUUUUGUGGAUGAAACUACAAUUGCUGUAGAUUACACAGCAUGCAUUGGACAUGGCUCUUAUGGAACAGUUCACAUGGGGUCUUAUCAGGGAACACCUGCGGCUAUAAAGAUUAUACCUACAGGAGACAAUCCAGUGACAACAAAUGAAUUCACCAUACCUGGGCGUUUGUCUCACCCCAAUGUUGUGCGGAUGAUGGCUGUAGCCAAAAGUGAGACACAGAUCCUCAUUGCUAACGAGUACAUCCAUGGUGCCAAUCUGCAGCAGGUUCUUCAUACAGACACUCCUAUUAAGCUGCAACCUGAAGAUAAGCUGUUUGUGGCUUUAGAUAUUGCCCUGGCUGUUGAGUACAUACAUGGAAGAAAUAUCAUUCACCAAGAUCUCAAGCCAGCAAAUAUAAUGAUUGCAGCGGAUAACAAGAAGGCUUAUCUGACUGACUGGGGCUUGGCGAACCUGAUGGACACGAUAUCGAUGGCGAGAGGAAGCAGUCAAGCAGGGGCUCACUGUGCCCCACUGGGAGGAACCCCUCCCUACAUGGCCCCAGAGUGCCUAGUGGACUGUGAGGACUGCAGCACCAUGUCUGACAUGUGGUCUCUUGGCAUCACUCUUCUGGAGAUGUUCACCAACUCUAAGGCCUGGUCGUACAGUAACCCGCGUGAGCUUCGGAAACUUCUUUACAAUCAAAAAGCUCCUCGCGCUCUGUCUAAAUUGCAGCCUGCUCUUCAUGGCAUUGUGAAACCACUGAUAGAAUAUGAACCCAAGUCCCGCAUGAAUGGCAAAGACCUGGUGGUGCUGUUGAAGUCAAAGGUUGAUGUCACCAAAAGAUAUGGGUUCAAAUGGUAAAGAGAGGGAAAGAUUAAGACGUCAUUUCAGCUGUUGUGUAUUUGCAUUAUUAGAAUUACUGAUACUGAAUGCAGAUUGAUGACUACUGUAAAAACAGUCCUGUUUAAAGCCAGCUCAGUACAACGCUGUAUUUUAUAGUCUAUGUAAACACCCCAAGAACUGUGUUCAAGCACUGGGCUUUGCCCAAAGUGUAAACAACUAAAGAGACAUACACACACACACACAGCAGAGAGCUAUGCCAGAGGCAUACUGUAUAAGAACACAUUUGGACCCUUUGUGUGACUAGUUUGUCAAAAUGACAUUCCUCCAGUUGUAAAAUAAGCAAAGGCUUAGGCUGGACUGUGUGGACUGUGAAGUCUUUGUGGAUGUGUAGUCUUUAUUAUGGGAAGCCAACAUUUACAAUAUAUCUACUUGUUUAUAUUUUUAUAAUAGAUGGAGUAGUUUUGUGGUUUUUUUUUAAGUGUUCUGAAGUAGCCAUAUUGUAAAUUGAACUGCACAAUGGAAUUCCGUUUUUUUUUUUUUCAUUUAACUUAAAAACAAAUGCCUAAAGCAACACAAUGUAGGAUUUCCCCUUUUCCUCACAUUGUUAUCAGCGUGGGUACCCAAUGCUACGGGGAUACCCAAUUCAUCUAUCCCAAUGAAAUGGAUCAUGUCCAUAUGUGCAACAACAACAUGCAAUACCAAGCAUUCCAUCCCCAAUUCUCUACUAACUCUGUUACAUUAAAAUGACUUUGCAUCCUAUAUCCAAACGUAAACUUUCGGUAACACUUUGCUUACUUUACUUAAGGUAAAAUAAAAAUAGCUAUAUUGUGUUGCUUUUAUGGGCUGUUAUUGAUUUUUUUUUUAUCAUUAAUCAUUCCUUAGUACCACAGUACAAAUGUGUCAUUUGCAUCUAAAGUGUAAAUAUAAAUACGUUGUCUUUAAAGUGUUUCCUUGUUUUUUGGUUUAUUCUUUUAAAGGGACACUUCACCGAUUAGCAUUAGGCUUUGUAUCUUUAGAAAACCAGUCAUGUUUUUGAAUGGUCGUGC